CUCAGCCUUACCAAAGGAGGAGACGGACGGACAGUCUAAACACGGCGGCUGUCACGUUUUUAGCUGUUUGAUUCUCUGUUUUUAACUUGUCUGCGCCUUUUUUCCUGUUGCGCAACUUGGAAACAGGCGACCCCCGGCAACAUGUGGGCUGCGCGUCCACCAAACGAGCAGGUCCGCCCUGCUCUGUGGGGUUCAGCUGCUGAGCAUGCUGCCUAAAGCCCCUCCCACAACCAGUAGUCUAAACCUGGUGGAGUCUGAAGUGACGGGUCAAAGGUCAGACGACGAACAAGACGGAAUCACGAUGGCCGAGCUGGUGGAAAGUUUGGACGCAGGCGAGCUGGACAUUGGAGAUGGGGAGGAGAUUGACUAUGAUGGGAACAUUUUAGGGGACUGUCGGAUACCCUUUUCGGCCAUUUACGCCUUAGUGGGGUUCAAAGAGGCCGAUGCCAAAGUGUACCUCCCGGCUGUCCCCAUCACCGCACGCAUCAUGGACGUGGAGAGGUUCAACGCAGCCCAGGACCGCUUCAACUUGUCCAACCACAGGAGUGUCAACAAGUCGUUACCCGCCGUGUUUAAAAUCGAGAUGAAGCACGGCGAGUUCACUUGGAUGGUGAAGAGGAAAGAGAAACACUUUAUGGAGCUGCACCGAGAGCUGAGGACGUAUAAGACGUUUAUGCGGAUCCCUCUGCCCUCGAGAAGCCACACAGUGAGGAGGAGGACGAUGAGGAAGAGCGAGGUGAGGGAGAUGCCCGUCCUGCCCAAAGGAGGAGGAGACGAGCUCGUGCGGGACGAGCAAGUCUCCAGCAGAAGGAGGCAAUUAGAGGACUAUUUGAACAAGCUGCUGAAGAUGGCAAUGUACCGCAAAUACCAUCAUACUAUGGAGUUUAUAGACGUGAGCCAGCUGUCUUUCAUUCACGACUUGGGACCUAAAGGACUGGAGGGGAUGAUUUACAAGCGGUCAGGAGGACACCGCAUACCGGGCAUGAACUGCUGCGGUCACACACAGGCCUGCUACCGCUGGUCCAAACGGUGGCUGGUGGUGAAGGACUCUUUUCUGUUGUACAUGAAGCCAGACUCUGGAGCCAUAUCAUUUGUGCUUUUAUUGGACAAAGAGUUCAGCAUCAAAAUGGACUCCAAAGACACAGAGACUAAACACGGCGUCCGCAUCGACAGCCUCUCAAGGACUUUGGUGUUCAAGUGCAUCAGCUUCAGACACGCUCGCUGGUGGGGACAAAGCAUCGAAAACUUUGUCCGAAAUCACGGGAAAGCGUUUCUCCGAGAUCAUCGAUUCAGCUCCUUUGCACAAGAACAAGAAAAUAUCCCGGCCAAAUGGUAUGUCAAUGGCAAAACUUAUAUGGAGGACGUUGCAGAUGCUUUGGAGGAAGCGAACGAGGAGAUCUUCAUCACAGACUGGUGGUUAAGUCCAGAAAUCUUCUUAAAAAGACCAGUGGUGGAGGGAAACAGGUGGAGACUUGACUGCAUCCUGGAACGCAAAGCCCGUCAGGGCGUGCGUAUCUUUGUGAUGUUGUACAAGGAAGUGGAGCUCGCUUUGGGCAUCAACUCCGGGUACAGCAAGAGGACGCUCAUGCACCUUCACCCCAACAUCAAGGUGAUGCGGCACCCGGACCACGUCUCCUCCUCCGUGUACCUGUGGGCCCAUCACGAGAAGAUCGUGGUCAUCGAUCAGUCUGUGGCCUUUGUGGGGGGGAUCGAUUUGGCGUACGGUCGCUGGGACGACCGGGAGCAUCGGCUCACUGAUGUGGGCAGCGUGACCAGAUCUGUGGCACUGGAGCAGACCGGCUACACCAGUACUCCGUCCACCAAAGCCGGACCCACAUUCGAGGUGGUUCCACAGACGAACGGGCGCGGGACCCCCCCACCCGCCGAUGUGGAGUUACCCAAACUGAAGGGGAUCGGGCGCACGAGAAAGUCCCGCUUCACGAUCUACAAGCACAUCCACAGACACACGGUGCAGCACGCAGACAGUGUGAGCAGCGUGGACAGCACAGGGAGUGGUUCGGUAAAAAGCUUAAAAACUGGAGUGGGCGAGCUUCAAGGAAAUACACGCUUCUGGCAUGGAAAAGACUACUGCAACUUUGUGUACAAGGACUGGAUUCAGCUGGAGAAGCCAUUUGACGACUUUAUUGACAGAUACACUACGCCCAGGAUGCCAUGGCACGACAUCGCCUCUGUGGUUCACGGGAGAGCGGCGAGGGACGUAGCCAGACAUUUUAUCCAGCGCUGGAACUUCACAAAGAUCAUGAAACCGAAGUACCGCUCCUUGUCAUAUCCGUACCUGCUGCCCAAAUCUCAUACCACCGCCAGUGAAGUUCGAUACCAGGUCCCACACAGCGUCACCACCAAAGUCCAAGUUUUGCGUUCGGCAGCGGACUGGUCGGCUGGUAUCAAGUAUCAUGAAGAGUCCAUUCACAACGCCUAUGUCCAGGUCAUCGCCAAGAGCAAACACUACAUUUACAUAGAGAACCAGUUCUUCAUUUCUUGCGCUGAGAAAGGAAUGGUCUACAACAAAAUCGGGGACGCCAUCAUCGAGCGGAUCAUCAGAGCUCACAAAGAAGGCAAAAAGUACCGCGUGUAUGUUGUGACGCCUCUGCUUCCUGGUUUUGAGGGCGACAUCACGACCGGAGGAGGGAACGCCAUCCAGGCCGUGAUGCACUUCAACUACAGAACCAUGAUACGAGGGGAGCACUCCAUCAUUUCACAGCUAAAAAAAGAAAUGGACGAUCACUGGAUGAACUACAUUUCCUUCGCUGGUUUGAGGACUCACGCGGAGCUCGAGGGCCGUCUGGUCACAGAACUCAUCUACGUCCACAGCAAGAUGCUCAUCGCCGACGACAACACGGUCAUUAUUGGCUCUGCGAACAUCAACGACAGGAGCAUGCUGGGUAAGCGUGACAGCGAGGUCGCGGUGAUCGUGCAGGACUCGGAGACGGUUCCCUCGGUGAUGGAUGGACAGACUUAUGAGGCCGGGCCCUACGCUCUCAACCUCCGCCUCGAGUGUUUCAGAACGAUCCUGGGAGGCCACACAGACGACAGCAUUGACCUCUCAGACCCAAUCAGUGACCGCUUCUACAAAGAGGUUUGGAUGACCACCGCCGGCCGCAAUGCCACGAUUUAUGAGAAGGUGUUCAGAUGCCUCCCCUCGUCUCUCGUGCGUAACAUGACCGAGCUGGAGCAGUACCAAACCAAGCUGGGCCUCGCUCAGACCGACCAGACCAAAGCCCGGGAAGAACUGAGAAAAAUCCGUGGUUUUUUGGUCCAGUUUCCUUUGGACUUCCUGUCGGAGCACAACCUUAUGCCCUCCGUGGGAAGUAAAGAAGCCAUGGUACCAACGGAGAUCUGGACAUAAGGAACAAACCGUAAAAAACCUGGGGAAACCAGCUUAAAAACACAAAUCUGCCACUUGGUUUUGGUGUUAAGGAACCUAAUUAUUAUGAAGAACAGAAAACGGAACAAAAUAGGAGCUCGAGGACAAAACAUUUUUAAUGAAACACAUGAAUUCAAUGGGAAUCCUGGUUUGGAAUAUGAGAAACUUCCAAGGGACCAUAAGUGAAGAAACACACACUUGCAUGCAAUUUGUAAUAUCUCAUGUAAAGUGAUUAUUGUUUUAAAAAAUGUCUCUGGGUUUUCAUCCGUGGAGCAUGCGCCAAAUAGAGAAGCAGCUGUUGUUGUUUCUCUAUUCGCCAGUUGCUUGAUAAUGGACCCAAUAUUUUGUCACAUGUGCUGGUUUAGUCUAUUAUUUUAUUAAAUCUAUCUAAUUAUGAUAUCAACAAAAGCAGUGGAUAGAUAUCGGCCUGUCGUGAUAACUAGCAGAAUAUGAAACAAUGGUUGGAACAAUAGUUUUUGGGGUUAAUAUUUAUCCUGUGUACAUUUUCUUUGCACUACUCAGAAAUUUUGGGUAAUUUUUUGGCUAUUUGAGAAGAUUUAAGCCAUAAAAGGUUGAAUUAAUAACUUCUACGACUCAUUACAGACGCAAACUUAAUACUAAAGCGGUUCAUUUUAACAAUAUUAUAGAUUUGGAAUAUUUUAAAAGGCCCAAAAGUCACUGACAAUUGGAAGGAAAAAAAAGCAUAACUCUUUUGUUUCUUAAUAUUUUUAUUUUAUUUUUCCAGAGCAUUUAGAACGACUCUUCUGACAUUAAUCUGAGCAAAUACAGCACAGAGG